ACCUGAGCUGAAAGUUAGGGGAUCAACGGAUGAACUUCGACCCCUAUCUUAAAAUAUUAUGUGCGCAGCAACUCAUUAUAAGGAUAGAAUUUCUCGAUGGUACGUGAUUAAUAUAUAUGUUAUUUUCUAUUCUAUUUUGCAAGUUCUUUCGUUUCCCUUGGUAUACUCAAGGCUCUAUCUAUAUGUUGUCUUGUUUGUUGUUCUAAGUUACUGGCGGUCGAAGUUGCACAUCGAGAAUCUUAUGAAAUGUGGCGCACUCUAGUUUUUAUUAUUAUUAAGACUACCUAACCUUAGGUACUUAGGUAUAUUCAGCUGGCAAUGGAAUAUUUUCUACUAAGAAAUAACUCUAUAAGCAUAUAUGUUGGAGCUCUGGAUCCUAAGUACCCGAACACGAUUGCUACCUAGGCAGUUGUACCCCGAGAAACAAACAUACGAUACCUUAUUGUUAGAGAUGUGCCACUUGGAGAAAAUUCACUGCCCUGUUCUAGCAUGCAUAGCGCACUUCCCAGGCACAUUAACUAUUAUAGUCUCGUAAGGUGGUGAGCAAGGUGCAUCGGGGAGGUGGACGGCCUUAGACGAACCGGCCGGGCAACCACAGCCUACGUACUUAAAGACGUUUAUAAAGCACAUAUCGAGAAGCCUUCGCAGAAUCAAAAGCUUCAAGUACCGCCAAUAUCGAUUGAUAUAUUUCCUUUCGAUGUAAUCGAUGUAGACGAAUACCUACUACAGUGCAAAAUACUAUAGAGCAACUCUCCCUUGUAAGGCGUGGCCGCUCUCUUUUAUAGAACGGAUUUUAGAACAAUC